AUGACAGACGUUCCCGCUGUCUCUACUUUUUCAGCCUCAGGAGAGGAUGCGAUUACCCGCACCAUAGAGUUGAAUAUAGACUCAUCUACGCAAAACAUAGUUCCGUCCAACUUCCUCGAAAUUUAUGAGAUCGAACGAACAGUAGCCGCGAUUGUAGAAGGGAACUUCAAACGAAUAGCUCUCCAGUUUCCUGAUGAACUCUUGUGCCAUUCUGUCCCAAUCUACCGUCUACUCAAAAGUAAAGCAGGCGAGGGUCAUGACAUCUAUGUCUUAGCCGACACUUCCUACGGAAGCUGCUGUGUUGACGAGGUUGCGGCACAACACGUCGAUGCAGAUCUAAUCGUGCAUUACGGUCACGCUUGUUUAAGCCAACCUUCUAGGCUGCCCGUAGUCUACGUCUUUGGAAAGAAGCCUAUUGAUGUUGACGACUGUAUCAACCAACUCGGUCAAUGUUUAACCACUCGAUUACAGCAAGAUACAACCAGUAAUAGCAAUAAUCGACAUACCAUUUUACUCCGUUACGAUGUAGGAUAUUCCUGCCAUGGAGACGUAAUUGCACAUAGGUUGGAGAGUGAACUGCAGUCCCUGAAUACUAGGGUCUUGCACGACCCCCUCCCAACUAGGCUCCAUCCUAAGACCGCCGUGCAAAGUCCCCAGACUUUCGAGCAGACUAGUGCAGAAUCCGAUGAAGAUAACUUGACCAAUGUCAUCAUCGCAUAUAUUGGUGGCGAAAGCCUCAGCCUUGCAAAUCUAUUGAUGACGCACUCUCAUUGCGAGGUGUAUGCAUACGACCCAUCUACGAGAUCCGUUCGCUUGCAAUCACAUAGGACCAAUAAGUUGUUAAUGCGGCGCUUCGCGAUGGUCCAGAGGGCACGAGAUGCAGAUGUUUUUGGUAUCCUCGUUGGCACUCUAGGAGUUACAUCAUAUCUACCCCUCAUAGUCCACGUCAGAAAGCUUCUCACUCGCGCACAGAAGAAACGCUAUACGAUUAGUGUCGGCAAGCUGAAUCCUGCAAAGCUUGCGAAUUUCAUGGAGAUCGAGUGUUUUAUUUUGAUCGCGUGUCCUGAAAAUAGUGUAAUAGAUGCCAAGGAAUUUUUAAGACCGAUCGUUACCCCCUUUGAACUCGAGGUUGCACUUCAAGCUGAAGGCACCUGGAGCGGACGAUAUGUGCUAGAUUUUGAGAAAUUACUCGCCGGAGACUCUAAAAAUGAUUUUGGUGUCGCUCCUGAAGAUAAUGGGGGCGAUCCAGAUCAACCGACUUUCUCCUUGGUCACUGGAAAAUACCGACAAGCAAAACGCUACGGGAACAAUGAGACGUCAACCGAGGGAACGUCAGCUUCUCUUACUCUUCGAAACCAAGAUGGUGCUCUCUCGAAAUUAGCUGACAGUGCGGCAGCAUUGUAUCUUCAUUCCCGCUCCUAUCAAGGACUGGAGACUAAAAUCGGGGAAGAUUGUCCGUCUGUCCUGGAGCAAGGUCGUAGUGGCAUCGCUCGUGGUUAUUCUGACGAUCAUUCAUAA